AUGGAUACAUCACCUGAUGUCGAAUCUGCUUUUCUAAUUUACAAUUUUGAACAGAAUGCUAUAAAGAAUGAUGGGAAAUCGAAUGUUAUUAAACAGUUGAAUAGAAAAAUUAACAAGUAUGGACAUGCCAUACUAAACAGUAAUUAUAAACAUGUAAAUAACUUUUCAUAUACAACAGAUACAUUUCACAAUUUUUAUAAAAUAACAGAAUAUUAUCUUUUAAAGUACUUUAACAGUAUCAUUGUUGAUUCUACCCUAUUUUUUAAAUGUAUCCAUGUCAUAAAAAAUGGAUCUUCUGGUCCUGUUCAAAAUGUUGAAAUGGGAUUACGAAUUCAUUUUAAUAUGAAUAAAAAUACACAAGAGGGGAAAAAACUGAUGGAUAAUUUGGAAAAUGAUGAAGCAUUAACUGAAUACUCCUUUGAUUGUGCAAUUUUGAAUUACUUCAUAGAAAAUUUAAAAAAGGUUAACAAUUCAAACAAUAAAACUGAUAAAAUAAAUGAAAAGAAAAAAAGAAAGGGGGAAAAAAAAGAAAACGUUAACAAUGACGCAGACAUAGAAAACAUUACCAACAGUGGAAUACCUAACCCUGAAACAUAUAUAAAGACAGAGAGAAGAAAUAAUAGUCCAAAAAAAAAUUGUAUACAAAACUAUAAUUUUAGAAAAUCCUUUUUGUACGAAUUAUGUGAAAUGUAUAGUAGCUUAAAUAACAAGAAGAAUAGAAAAAUAUAUAUUACCAAAAUUUUUCGUAAAAUUGUUAGUAGAAAACAAAUUAGACAAUUUAUAUGUGAAAAUGAUAUGACAAAAAAAAAAAAUUAUUUAAAAUUCUUUCUCAACCUAUCUUUGGGUAUUUUUAUAUAUAUCUAUAUUUAUAGAUACAUAAAAAAGAAUUAUAAAAAUGUAGAAUUUUUUAUAUUUUUAAAUAACCCUCAAAAUAUUAAAGAUAUAUAUGUUAAUAAUAUAUCUUACAUAGAAAAGGAAGAAAUUUAUAGCUUCACUAAAUAUAUAAAAUUCUUGAAUAUUCAAAUGUUUCGGUAUGUCUACAUAUCCUUUUUUGUAAAUAUAUAUAAAUACGUUAACUUAAUAUAUAACACCACACUUUUGGCACUUUACAAUUAUUUUAAAUAUAUAAAUGAAAUCAUGAAAAAUAAAGAGGAGUCACUAGAAAGACAGAAGGAAGAGGUGGACAAAAAUUAUCAUGUGAAUCUAAAUUCGCGAAAUGUUACCAAUAAUACAUCAGAGAAGGGAAGUAAGCGGAACAAUGGAAAAAACACAAAUGAAGAAAAUAUAACGCAUGAGAUAAAUAUGUUCACGCAAAAUAUACAAACGAGCCUAAAUGGGUUGGUGAAAGAUGGGCAUAUAGAUAGUAAUAAAACAGAUGAACUUCAAAAGUGCGAAAAAAUUAAUAACAAAAUUGAUGAAAAUUCUCCAAACGAUCUCAGCAAUAAAAAAGGAGAAGAGGAAAUUAAGCCAACUUGUAGUGAAAGACAAGAUUACAACCCCAACUUAUCAAACUCUGGAAGAAUACAUACGAACAAAAUGGUGUUCAGUUGCUACAUCUACAUUUAUAUAUUUUCAAUAUAUAUAAGAGAUACAAGAAAAAUGAUGAAAUCAAACAUUAUAAAAAUUCAAAAUAAUAUUAAAAAAAUGAUUGGCUUAUUUGUUCAAAUAUACGAUAUAAAUAAAAUAGAAUGUAAUCGUAGGAAUAGUCCAUUCAAGGAUUGUAAUAAAGGAAAGACAACCGAUUCAUCUAACAAUCUAGCAAAUGAGGGAGGCAACUCGAGUCACAUUGUUGGUUCAGCUCAUGCAUUAUAUUUUAAUUUCAUUCAAUUAAGUAAAUGCUAUAAAUGCUGCAUAAAGAACAAUUAUCAAAUUAUCAAAUCAAUUCACAUGUUCCAUUUAUUAUUAAAACAUUUUUAUAAAUACUUCCCUAUUUUGAAUAUGAAAAAAGAUAAGUGCAUUAUAUACAAUUAUUACAAUAAAAAAUACAUAUAUUAUACCAAGGAAAUUAAAAUUAAUGGUGUUACUGAAAGUGUAAAUUUUACAGAAGAAAAAAAUAGAAAGAAAAAAGAAGAGAUGGCCAUUUUUGACAUAUUUAAAAAUGUGAAUGAUUACGAAUUGGAUUUUUUUUAUUUCAAUGAAAGGAAAAAUGAUGAAAGGGAAAUAAUAAUUGAUUUAUUACAAAGUAAAGAAGUUGAGUCAUUUGAUAAUUUAUUUCAACCAUGUGAAAACACAUUUUCAUCUUCACAACAAAAUACAGAUAUGUGUACAGUGGGCUACGAUAAGAAUGAAAAUGAAAACGAGAACGAUAAUGAAUGUAUAGACAAACUACACAAUAACCCCGAGGAACAUUCAAAAAAUAUAUUCUUAAAUUGCGUUAAUAAUAGCAUGAAUAUGCUUCUAAUUAGAGCAAAUGAAGAAUUUGCAUACAAUUCAGAUGAAGGACUACAAGAGGUGCACAAUUUAGUACCUCAAAAAGGAGGCAAUUGUAACAGAUGUAGCACUGAUUCUUCUUGCAUAAAUGAAAAUUCUCCAUCUCUCAGAUAUUGUUCCAUUCUACAACACUUAAAGACUAAUAAAAAUGUGUACAACAAAAUAGCCGGCUUAAUAAACAGAUUUUGUAACAACAAAUCAGAAAGUGUUAUAAAAAAAUGCAUAAGUGACUUGAAUAUAUAUAACAAGAACGUUCUUGACAUAUACGAUGAUAGUAUUUUCGAUGUGUAUAACAGAAUUGAAAAACAAGCCACAUUUGAAAAUGAAGAAUCAAUAAAAAAUAAGAAGUUACUGCAAGUUAAAGUAUUUUUGGAUUAUGAAAAAUUAUAUACCAAAAAAACUGUUGAAACGCAAACACCCAUUUCUUUUUUUAAAAAUGAAAAAGCUAUACAAAUUCCAAAGGAUCAAGAAGUAUGUACAACAUCAGAGCAGUACAUACAAGCGAAAAAAAUAGUUAAUCCAAUUUUUUAUUUGAAUGAUAUCUACGAAUGA